UCACUUAAGGAUCGACUUCAUGCUUAACCUUAACAACUGAUGUUGACAACAGUCAAGGAAAGUUGAUAUUUCUUUGACUAAGCUGACUUUAGACUUUAGAAACAAGGAGAUGGAAGUAUAAGAAAAAAAAAAACGCCUUUCAUUUCCAUUUUCCAUUUAGAGGGAAAUGGAGACCGUUUUUAAAGGCGAGAAUAUUCUUUGAAAUGGACCCUAUUGACAGAAGCAUUAAAAAUAUCUGAUAUAAAGUUUUAAAAACGAAUAUAUCAUGUUUACGUGUGAAAUUUGCUCUGUUGAAUGUUGCAAUCAGAUAAAGUUUUUUGAGCAUUUAAAACUGCAUUAUGAGGGGACGUCAAAUGUCUUAUUGAUGCCUAAUGGGGAGCUCGAGGGUUCCAUAAUCAACUACGAAGACUCCCUGCUUCCUCAAACUUUUACGUUCAAAGACAGCAAUGAGGAAGUCGAAGAUGCAAACAUCACCUGUGGCCUUUGCGGCAAAUUGUAUCACAAGCAGAAAACCUUUGAGGCGCAUUUUGCCCAGGAGCACCAGCAAGUGGAAGAAUUCAGCGAGCCCGAAGACAUGAUGGAAGGAAUUAGACAUGUAGUAAAUAUCCAGACGGAAAGCCCCGAAGAGAGGAUAGAAGAUAAAUUUAAAAAUUGGGAAUAUCCUACGACUGACCCGUUGCAGAUCUCGACACCUCCGCCUAACGAAAACGCUCCGUUAGUUUUAAAAACUACUUAUCUAGAUAAUGAUGAAUUCGAUGAGCCUGGGACGGGAAAAAGGCGUAAAAAGCUCACCCAGUGUCCACAUUGCCCGAGAAUGUUCCUCCACCGAAACUCUUUGAUGUACCACAUAAGAUCUCACACGGGAAAGAGACCGCAUCAGUGUGAAGUAUGCGGCAAGGGUUUCUACACGGCCAACACUUUGAAAGUUCACAUGAGGAUGCAUUCCGGCGAUAAGCCAUACAAAUGUGAAGUAUGCGGACGAAGGUUUAGGCAAUGGGGAGACCUCAAAUACCAUAUGACAUCACUGCAUUCAGAUUCGAAACAGUAUCAAUGCGAGUUCUGCGGCAAAAACUUUGCAAGGAAAUACUCUCUGAUCAUUCACUGUCGCAUACACACCGGAGAGAGAAAUUACAUUUGCGAAUUUUGUAAUAAAUCUUUCAGAGCAUCCUCGUACUUACUGAAUCACCGUAGGAUCCACACUGGUGAAAAACCUUACAGCUGUGACGUCUGUGGAAAAUCUUUUAGGGUCAGGUCGGAUAUGAAAAGACAUAGAACAACUCAUAACAAAGAGUUAAAUUUUAUAAAUUCACAAAAGUUGCCAGAUAUUCCAGACAACACUGUUAAUACUGUUACAGAACAUGUUGGUGAUAAAUAUCCUCUGGAAGACAAAGCUUGCUCUCAGUUCCAAAUUCAAGUUUUGGAAGAAAUAACAGAAGCAAGUUCUUGGUGAAAUUUGCGCAGUAAGUUUCAAGACUAAACCUGAUACAAUGAUAAUUGUCAAUGGAAACUUUAACCCAGAUCCUAUAAUUAUUGUUGAGACUGAUCAUAUUAAAUUUUAAUUAAAUU